AUGAUCAGAUGGCGCAGUGUGGUUAUCGACAUGUAUUCCACGCCAUUCACUGCGCCCAGGGCGCAUGCGGCCGUUUCUCCGGAGAGCAAGAGACCCAAUGAGAUCUCGACUCAUGGCUUUCGUAUUUCCACGCAAAAGCAGCCCAUUCUGAAAGCCGAUCCCAUUGAGGAGAUGACCAAAAAACUCGGCAUCGCCCCGCCGGAGAUGAUCUUUGGUGAUAACUAUGUGAUGAUCGAGCAUCAGAAGAGUGGUUGGGCUAUCAAUUUUAACUCCUUUGAUGCGCUGGACCUGGUGGACAAGACCGGGCAGUCAAUGCUUCAGGUCGCAUACUCCAAGGAGUGGCAGAGGAGCAGAGAGAACACACAUGAGGGGAUUAAAGAGGUCGUCAAGCCGUUCGACUGGUCCUACAGCACAGACUACAAGGGUACUCUCAGUCCCAAUGCGAAGCCGUUCGAAGAGACCACCAAACCGAUCCCCUUCGACCUUCUGAAGCGUCCAGACCCAAUCCUUUUCUUCGACGACGUUGUCCUUUAUGAAGAUGAACUGGCGGAUAACGGUAUCGCGAUGCUGUCCUGCAAGAUCCGUGUGAUGCCGGGGAGAAUGCUACUUUUGUCCCGUUUCUUCAUGAGACUGGACAAUGUCUUGAUUCGUCUUCGCGACACUCGCGUUUACGUUGAUUUUGAGACUCGUGAAGUGAUUCGCGAAUACCAAUCUAAGGAAUGUGAAUAUGAGAAAGUGAGACAGAUGCUUGCAGGUACGCGGGACGAUAUCCCGGCAUUGAUGAGAGACCCUAAUAGGCUCUCCGAGCUGCUGCCUAUCGUAGCAAAGCAUUCGGAACGUGUUGUCCUUGAUGCUUAA